AUGCUACUUUGGAGGCAUGCAAGAUGUGGUGCUAUGAAAAGCGAAGUGCACUGUACUCGCAUAACACCGAUUCAGGGUAGUGCAGCAAGUUUAGAUGAUUCAGGCAAACGAAUUCAGGAAAGCAGUACAACUGUUGUUGACCUAACGCUUAAAGAAACAUUAUGUCUUAAUUUUUCGGAUGGAAUGACAAUGCAAAUUCAUACUAUUGAAUAUGUCCGAAUGGAGCAACAAUUCCCGGUAUCAGCAUCAUAUAAAUUUGGUAUUCCGUUAAUUACAACAAAUUGCAUUUGCGACUGCGCAGGAGCAGAACAGUACUGCAGUGUUGAUGACUAUAAAUAUAAGAACUGUAGCAAGGGAUUUUUAUGUUAUCGAACAUAUCAUUCGCAUCAGUCAAGUAGUGGUUGCUUGAUGUCAUCAAAAAGUGAAGUUUGCUGUGAGGUCAUAAUGGAACCAUAUGGUGGUAAAUCAUAUACAGCUGUAAAAUUGAAUCAACCAGAUACAGUAAUAAUUUUGAGACAUAGAAUUUAUGAACGAGUUACAAAUCAUUGGGCUGAAGCAGCUUCUGAAGAGUUUGAAGCAGUCGUUAACAAAGGUUCAGCUAAAAUGGAAACAAUUGAUAAAAGAAAAAUGGAAAUACGAACGACGACUGGCAGAGCAAUUCGAGAAAUGUAUAACGGAAUGUAUUAUUUUUCAAACGAUAAUAGAGCUCUAAUGAUGGGUGUACGAUUAAAUGAACCAACCGAGACUGAUAUUCAUAAAUUGGGUUGGCUGCGGAAAAACGGUACUUCAUGGUUAAUUCGAAAUGGAAUAAUUAAAAUUACUGAUUCUCAGCACAUUACCGUAGAAAAUUGUAAAGAACAGCGCUAUCUAACUCGAUAUAAUGCCGAAUACUUUUUAACUUAUGGUGAUAGAAUAUCUGAUCUCGAUCUUGGCCAUCAAGUAGAUGAGCAAAAUUGGGUCGAACGUGCUGAAAUCUCAGGAGAUGAUAGAGCAGUACGAAUAGUUCAUGCUGAAGGCAGCGUAAUACGCGUAAGUGUCAGCAGCGGUGCUAGGCAAGGGGGAAAGGGAACAUUGAUUGGAUAUGUAUAUCGAUCAGAUGAUAAAUCAACAACUGAUUGGAGUUUUAGCAUAGAAAUUGGAACUGCAACAAGAACAAAAUUUAUGGCAACUGUUGGUGGAAUACCAUCAGGAAUUAUUUCUGAUCGUUAUGUAUGUUUGCAACCUGCAGGAGAUGCUAAUGCAGAACAAUGCAAAUGGUUGAAAUACGAAGCGUCACCAUUACGUGAACGACAUAUGGCACAUCGUUGGCAAGCAGGAAUUGGUAACUGUCCAGGGUGCAAUGAGCGGGGCAUUGAAAACUUCUUACUUAAAUUGGAUCCUCGUCAGUGGCUUGACGGACUAAAUACGACUACUGAAGCAGUCACUUGUGCUCUUGAAAUUGCUCUUAUUAUAGCUAGUCUUCUUGUCACCAUACUUCUCUGUACUAAAUGUAUCAUACCUUUAGCUAAAUGCACUUUGUCUUUCAGUAAAUCCCCGAAAAAGUAA